GGUUACAGGGUCGGGCAAAGGGCAAAGGUCAGCGUCCAGGUUGGACGGCACCACCUCUCAGCCAUGGCGGCGUCCGGGGAGCCCAGGAGGCAGUGGCGGGAGGAGGUGGCGGCGGUGGUAGUGGUGGGCUCCUGCAUGACCGACCUGGUCAGUCUGACUUCUCGUUUGCCAAAAACUGGAGAAACCAUCCAUGGACACAAGUUUUUCAUUGGCUUUGGAGGGAAAGGUGCCAACCAGUGUGUCCAAGCUGCUAGGCUCGGAGCAAAGACAUCCAUGGUGUGCAAGGUUGGCAAGGAUUCUUUUGGCAAUGAUUAUAUAGAAAACUUAAAACAGAAUGAUAUUUCUACAGAAUUUGCAUAUCAGACUAAAGAUGCUGCUACAGGAGCUGCUUCUAUAAUUGUCAAUGAUGAAGGCCAGAAUAUCAUCGUCAUAGUGGCAGGAGCAAAUUUACUUUUGAAUACAGAAGACCUGAGAGAGGCAGCCAGUGUCAUUAGCCAAGCCAAAGUCAUGAUCUGCCAGCUAGAAAUAACUCCAGCAACUUCUUUGGAAGCCUUGACAAUGGCCCACACCAAUGGAGUGAAAACAUUGUUCAAUCCAGCUCCUGCCAUUGCCGACCUGGAUCCGCAGUUCUACAGCCUCUCCGACGUGUUCUGCUGCAACGAGAGUGAGGCUGAGAUUUUAACUGGCCUAACGGUGGGCAGCCCAGCCGAGGCCGGAAAGGCUGCCGCGGUACUCCUGGAAAGGGGCUGCAAGGCUGCAAUCAUCACCUUAGGGGAUAAAGGCUGCGUGCUGCUGUCACAGGCAGAACCUGUCCCAAAGCACAUUCCCACAGAGAAGGUCAAGGCUGUGGAUACCACGAGUCCUUGCAAUAACAUGGGAAGCACCGAGCAGAGAGCCUGACUGACAAGGACCUCAGAAAAAGAGCCCCUGCAGACCACUGGGAGCUGGCUUACCACGUCCACCAAUGUUCAAGCACUUACUGCCCAGCUCCACAGAGUACCAGUACCAAAGAGCAGAUCCCCAAGUGAUGAGGAGGGAUGGUCAGUUCAGGAAGGGGCCCUGAGAGGGAAUGGGGAGGUGGGCACUGACCCAAGAGGACAGUCUAAUAGGGGGAAGAAGAGAAAGGAGAAAGCAACCUCUCCAUGGUAACACUGACUUGGGGGCUAGCAGCAGAGGCCACCCAGCUGACCCCACACUCCGGCUUUAAGGUGCUAUCCCUAGGAGCUCCCAUCUCUCAGCUUCUGCCCUUGGAGCAUCUCACCAGCUAUUCCUGAGUGGCAUCCCUGCCCCACCAGCCCUGCUGACUACCUCAGCGCCCCCUCACUCACCCCAUUAGAUGGCUUAGCAGGCCGUGGGGCAUGCUUUGCUGUUCUUUCCAGCU